CUGACACACUACACGACACGACUCAUGAUAAACAGACACACACACACACACCCAUACACAUGCGCGGCCGGGAUGUGCUGGGGGAGCACAACCAUGAACCAAUUGGGUGUCCCGAAUAGAAUAAAUCAAAACAAAACAUGGGAUUAAAUAAAUCUGUCUUUCGUCUCAGGGGAUUCGGGAUCGAGAUAGACAGAUCCGUUUUUUUUUCUUUUCUUUUCUUUCUGCUUUUGAUCGUGCUCGUCUUGUUCUAUUUUAUUUGGUUGUAUUGUGUAUCGCAUGGCGAUUUGAUUCUUCGAGGUCGGUUUUGUGUAGUUCAGGUUGGGUCUGUUGGUGGCUGCGAUAAGUAUGUACUGUACAUACGGCAGUCACGGGUAGAUGAGAAGGUUUCCGGGUUCGGAAAUCCUUCCAAGGGACGUGCUUCGUGGAUACUAGGUAUACCCUUUACUUUUUUUUUCUUUUUUUGCGUAGGAAGAGGGGUUUCCCCGCCGCAUCGAACAGCUACAACUUACUACUCAGGGAGUACCCUGUCCGGUGUCCGGAGGCGAUGGCGAUGAGAGGUAUCUCAGCCGUACCUCGCCACAUCGAUGGAGGAGAAUCAGAAAAUGAAUGAGCAUCCCUGGUCGCGAUCUUCCUCCCCCCCCCUCCCCACGCAACAACACCACCUUUCAAAAGUCGACAGUCGAUGUGCUUGCUCUGCCGUCCGAGACGGCAGAAGCGGGCAGUGCAGGGGAUUGCUAUUCGAUCGCGGGAAAGGUCAAAGCCUUACGCGGUAGAUUC